CAAAGAGUCUUCUUUGCUGACUCCUCUGUUCUCCCCUGUUCCCCACUUUCUCCUCCUGACCAAAGCAAUCGCAAAGAAAAAACAAAGGAAGAAGCAACUUACGGCAAUCAAAAUUUCAAUAUCCCCAUUUCCAAGUUUCCAACCUCUCUUCCUCUCUCUCUCUCUCCCAAAAGCAAACGCACGUCACGAGGGAAAUGCGAGAAAAAAAGGGCCACAGACGUUGAAAGCAAAGUGCAAGAAUCCCAACACCAGGAAUCUCGUCGCCCAAUUCUUCAAAAAGCCCCAUUAUCCAAACCCUAGCCCCCUCUUCCUUAGAGAGAGAAAGGGACAGAGAUAGAGAGAGAGGCGGAAAGUGUAUUGUAUUCCUUAAAACCACUAAACCCCACUAAAGAUCCCCUCCAAUCUCGCUAUCCCUUCUCACUCUCUCUCUACAGUGAUAUCUGUCGCCUUCAAUUGCGACUUUCCACCACUUCUCUCUCUCUACACUUUGUUUUCUUUCUCUCUCUUUCUCUAUAUAUAAGUUGGGGUUUUGGGGUACCCUGAGAUGAGUGCGGUUUCGGGUGCUAAGGACUCUGGGGACGAGUCCGUGGCUGAGGCUGCCGAGGCGAACAAGGGUUCUGAGAAGGCUGAGCCGGGGGUUGCCGAGGAGGAGGCUGCGGAAAAGGCGGACGAUCCUAUGGAGGAGGACCCAGUCCGACCUGCCACCGUGUUCUGCAUCAGGCUUAAGCAGCCAAGGUCCAAUUUGCUGCACAAAAUGAGCGUUCCCGAACUUUGUCGGAAUUUCAGUGCUGUUGCCUGGUGUGGGAAGCUGAAUGCCAUAGCAUGUGCUUCGGAAACUUGUGCGAGAAUUCCAAGUUCUAAUGCAAAUCCACCAUUUUGGAUCCCUAUACAUAUUGUGAUCCCAGAACGGCCAACCGAGUGUGCAGUAUUUAAUGUUAUUGCAGAUUCUCCUCGUGAUUCUGUCCAGUUUAUUGAAUGGUCUCCAUCUUCUUGCCCCCGUGCCUUACUAAUAGCUAAUUUCCAUGGGAGAAUAACUAUCUGGUCUCAGGCUUCUCAAGGGCCGGCUAAUCUGGUACGAGAUUCUAGUUGCUGGCAGCGGGAGCAUGAAUGGCGACAAGAUAUUGCGGUUGUUACAAAGUGGCUAUCAGGGGUGUCUCCGUAUAGGUGGAUCUCUUCUAGAACCAGUAGUGCGACUAAUUCAAAGUUGACUUUUGAAGAGAAAUUUCUUUCACAGCAGCCUCCAACUUCAGAGAGGUGGCCGAAUUUUCUUUGUGUUUGUUCCGUUUUCUCAUCAGGCUCUGUUCAACUUCACUGGUCUCAGUGGCCUCCAAUCCAGAGCAGUGCAUCAUCAAAGUGGUUUUGCACAAGUAAAGGCCUAUUGGGAGCUGGGCCUAGUGGGAUCAUGGCUGCUGAUGCUAUUAUAACAGACACUGGUGCCAUGCAUGUUGCAGGUGUUCCAAUAGUAAACCCCUCAACUGUUGUUGUUUGGGAGGUUACACCUGGCCCUGGAAAUGGUUUUCAGGUGAUUCCAAAGACCAGUACAAGCAACGGGGUCCUGCCUUCUCUUAAUCCCUUGUCAUGGGUGGGAUUUUCUCCUUUAGCUGCAUAUUUAUUUAGCUGGCAGGAGUAUUUGAUAUCUGAAUCAAAGCAUGGAAGAAAGCAAGCUGAUUUAGGUUUCAGUGACACAAUAUCACUUCAUUGUUCUCCAGUUUCAAAUUUUUCUGCUUAUGUGAGUCCUGAGUCAGCAGCUCAGUCAGCGCCAACCACUACAUGGGGGUCUGGAGUUACUGCAGUUGCCUUUGAUCCAACUCGUGGUGGUUCUGUGAUAGCUGUUGUAAUAGUUGAGGGUCAGUACAUGUCCCCUUACGAUCCUGAUGAAGGUCCAACAAUCACUGGAUGGAGGGUGCAACGGUGGGAAUCGUCUCUUCAGCCUGUUGUCCUCCAUCCAAUAUUUGGAAAUCCCACUUCCAGUUUUGGUGGGCAGGCACCAAUGCAGACAGUUUGGCAGACAAAGGUCAAUAAAAGCAUUCCAACUACAAAUGAUUUUAAAUGUCAUCAAGCAGCUGCAGCAGGACCAGUUUCUGAUGUGCGAAACAUGUAUGAUUCUGGAGUCGAGAAGGCAAAAAGGGUCAGUUUUGAUCCAUUUGAUCUGCCGAGUGACAUCAGAACACUUGCUCGAAUUGUGUAUUCCGCACAUGGUGGUGAGGUGGCUGUUGCUUUUCUAAGGGGUGGGGUUCAUAUAUUUUCUGGUCCAAAUUUUGUGCCUGUUGAUAACUACCAAGUUAAUGUUGGAUCUGCUAUUGCUGCUCCUGCCUUCUCUUCUACAAGCUGCUGUUCAGCUUCUGUUUGGCAUGACACAAGCAAGGACCGUACUGUACUGAAAAUAGUUCGUGUCCUGCCUCCUGCUGUUCCGAGUAGUCAGGCAAAAGCAAACUCAGCAACCUGGGAGCGUGCAAUUGCUGAGAGGUUUUGGUGGAGUCUUUUGGUUGGAGUUGAUUGGUGGGAUGCUGUUGGAUGUACACAGAGUGCCGCUGAGGAUAAUAUUGUUUCUCUGAACAGUGUCAUUGCAGUUUUGGAUGCGGAUUUCCAUUCUCUUCCUUCUACCCAACACAGGCAACAGUAUGGCCCUAGUCUAGAUCGGAUAAAAUGCAGGCUUCUGGAAGGUACAAAUGCACAAGAGGUUAGGGCCAUGGUUCUAGAUAUGCAAGCAAGGUUGUUGUUGGAUAUGCUUGGGAAAGGAAUUGAAUCGGCUCUGAUAAAUCCUUCAGCUUUAGUACCUGAGCCAUGGCAGGCAUCUGGUGAGACAUUAUCUAGCAUUGAUUCUGAAGCUAUGGCUGUUGAACCAAUGCUAGUUCUGAGUAUCCAGGCUUAUGUUGAUGCUGUCCUUGAUCUUGCUUCCCACUUCAUCACACGCUUGCGGCGUUAUGCAAGUUUCUGCCGUACUCUGGCUAGUCAUGCUGUUACUGCUGGCACAGGUGGCAAUCGGAAUAUGGUAGCUAGCCCUACCCAAAGUUCUGCAACUCCUGCGACAAGUCAGGGUCAAAGUGGUACCACGAGCUCCACAGGAAGCACCCAGAUGCAAGCUUGGGUCCAGGGUGCUAUUGCUAAGAUAAGUAGCACAGCUGAUGGAGUUUCCAGUUCAACUCCAAACCCCAUAAGUGGUCCAUCUUCCUUCAUGCCAAUAAGUAUUAAUACAGGAACUUUUCCUGGAACACCAGCUGUCAGGCUUAUUGGAGACUGCCAUUUCCUUCAUCGACUCUGCCAACUUUUACUUUUCUGUUUUUUCUUUUGGCGAACACAACUACCUCGCUUUGCUCAGAGGAAUUCUGAUACAAAUGCACAAAAACCCCAACCUAAUGGUCCCAGCAAGGUGGAAGACAUCAACAGUGUCUCUAGUAAGUCUACUUCAGAGGGAACUCGAGUUGGACAACUCAUCUCGGGAGCCAAAGCAGGCGAAGAUGGUCAUGCAGGCCGGUCAAGAUUGGGUUCUGGCAAUGCUGGACAAGGAUACACAUUUGAGGAGGUGAAAGUCCUUUUUCUCAUCCUUAUGGAUCUCUGUCGGCGAACAGCAGGCCUUGCACAUCCUUUGCCAGUUUCGCAGGUGGGCAGCAGCAACAUCCAGGUCCGCCUGCAUUAUAUUGAUGGAAACUAUACUGUCUUACCCGAGGUUGUAGAGGCAUCACUUGGCCCACAUAUGCAGAAUAUGCCCAGGCCAAGAGGUGCAGAUGCUGCUGGUUUGUUGCUUCGCGAGCUAGAACUCCACCCUCCAGCUGAAGAGUGGCACAGGCGAAAUAUGUUUGGUGGACCCUGGUCCGAUCCAGAGGAUAUGGGUCUGGCAGAUGAUCCUCGUAAACAAAGUAAUUCUAGCGACCUACUUGAUUCGAACUCACUCGAAAAUUAUGAUAUUAAUAAUGGUGUGCAUGGACUCUGGCCAAGGAAGCGGAGAAUGUCUGAAAGAGAUGCAGCUUUUGGUUUGAACACUUCGGUGGGUCUUGGAACAUAUCUUGGUAUAAUGGGAUCACGAAGAGAUGUCGUCACUGCUCUGUGGAAGACUGGUCUUGAAGGGGUUUGGUACAAGUGCAUAAGAUGUUUGCGACAGACUUCUGCUUUUGCUUUACCUGGUGCUACCAAUCCAUCAAAUCAAAAUGAGCGGGAGAUAUGGUGGAUCAGCCGCUGGGCUUAUGGCUGCCCAAUGUGUGGUGGAGCUUGGGUUCGAGUUGUAUAGAUGGCUCCAUAUUCAUAGAUUCUUUCAGGGUUGCAUUCACAAUCCCGGUGGUUUUAUUCAGUAUUUGGGGCUGCAAGGAGCCAUGCCGAGCGCCCCCCCUCCGAACACCAAGUUAGAAGGAGUUCCAUGCUCAAAAUGGUAGGCAAGAAUGCUUGCAAUUCCACGCCCAAAGAUGGGCAAAUCUUGCUGCCCCACCACGUUAAAUGCUCUCCUGUGUGAUAUGGUGGCUGGUGGCUUUCAGAGCAGGAUGUGAGGAUUGUCCAUCCUAGUUCUCUCUCUCAGUAGGGUUGUGGGGAUGGAUGAUGCCUAGAAAAUGUUUGUAUUGUGUACUCGUUACACUUGAAGGCAGGUGGAUGAAGCAAUUUUAAAGUGAUGUAGGCGGAUAAAUGUAACAGUGAUAGUACCACAGGAAAGAUUUGCACAUAGUAGCUUUGUUAUUAGCACCUUUUUUAAGAAUUUCUCAUUAAACGAGCAGUCUCCCAAACAAGUAGUCAUUGUCUGCCUUGUACACAAAUUUGACGGACUUGUAAAUGCAAAUACUCUUAUUUGGUUUUAAAA